CAGGUAAGAUCAAAUAACAACUCCGCGGAAGUCAGCAGUCAUCUCCGGUACUGUCCGCAGUCUCUGGUCAUCCCUGUGCUGUCCGCAGUCUCUGGUCAUCCCUGUGCUGUCCGCAGUCUCUGGUCAUCUCCUGUACUGUGUCUGCAGUCUCUGGUCAUCCCUGUGCUGUGUCCGCAGUCUCUGGUCAUCUCCGGUACUGUCCACAGUCUGUGGUCAUCCCUGUGCUGUCCGCAGUCUCUGGUCAUCUCCUGUACUAUGUCCGCAGUCUCUGGUCAUCUCCUGUACUGUGUCUGCAGUCUCUGGUCAUCUCCUGUACAGUGUCCGCAGUCUCUGGUCAUCUCCUGUACUAUGUCCGCAGUCUCUGGUCAUCUCCUGUACUAUGUCCGCAGUCUCUGGUCAUCUCCU